UUUAGAGCUGUGGAGUAAGGCUAGUAGCUCUACUGUGGAGGGAUGAAAUUCAGCCUCAGAGCAACAACUGAAGUGAAGUGAUGUAAAUGUAUGUAUUAACUCGUAGACAAGAUUUCGCUGAGAGCAAAUAUUGUACUAUAGUCUCUGUACAGAUAGAAUUUUUUCAAUAUGGCUGAUUUUCUUGAAAGCGAAGCAGAAGAAUCGGAAGAUGAAAUUAUUAAUCGUAAACGUAAAAUGUCUGAUGAUGAAGAUGAUGAGGAAGAGGAAGAAGAUGGACUCAAUGAUGAAGAAAAGUUACGUGAGGAAAUGAAAGAUUUAAUUAAUGAUGACGAAGAGGAGGAGGAAGAGGAUGAUAAAGAUGAAUCAGAUGAAGAAGUUAGUAGAAAAAAGAAGAAACGGCAUGAUGACUUUGAUGAUAGAUUAGAAGAUGAAGAUUAUGAUUUAAUUGAAGAAAAUUGUGGUAUCAAAGUCCGAAGGAAAAAGAAGUUCAAGCGACUUAAGCGAAUUGAAGAUGAGGAAAGCGAUGAUGGAGAUGCUGAAGAUGGUGAUGACAGGGAAGCAAUUGCCAAUGAGCUCUUUGAGGGUGAUGAUAUGGAAGGAGAAGAUGAGGCUCCUCGUCAACCUGCAGAUGACAGUCAACUAGCUGUUGAAGAGUCUGGAGAAGAAUCAGAUGAAUCCGAUUUUAUUGUCGAUGAUGAUGGUCAGCCUCUCUCAAAAGGCAAAAAGAAAAGACAUAUCAAAUAUACUGAUUCAGCAUUGCAAGAAGCUCAGGAAAUUUUUGGAGUUGAUUUUGACUUCGAUAUGGUUGAUCAAGAAGGAGAUGAAUAUGAAGAAGAAAUUGAGGAAGAGUAUGAAGAAGAAGAGGAGGAUGAGGAAGGAGGAGAGGUUCAACCAAGACCUAAAAAAACUCGUAAGCGAAUGCCAAAGAAAAGUAUAUUUGAUGUUUUUGAACCCAUUGAACUUGAAAGAAGUCAUCUUACUGACCUUGAUAAUGAAAUAAGAGCUGCAGAUAUACCUGAAAGAUUUCAACUCCGUAAUGUGCCUGUAACUGAAGCAGCAGAUGAUGAAAUAGAAGAGGAAGCUGAGUGGAUUUACAAACAAGCAUUCAGUAUACCUACUAUCUCAAUCCAAGAAGGUGAGCAUUCGGGUUCUGGACAUCAGCCCAUUGGUGGACGUAAAAAUACAAGUGCUAUAGGAAAGAUAAGGGAAGCUUUGAACUUUAUUCGAAAUCAGAAGUUUGAGGUACCAUUUAUAGCUUUCUACAGAAAGGAGUAUGUUGAGCCAGAUUUAAAUAUUAAUGACUUGUGGACUGUGUAUAAAUGGGAUGAGAAGUGGUGCCAGUUAAGAGCGCGGAAGAAGAAUUUGCAAAGACUUUUUGAAAAGAUGCAACAAUAUCAGUGUGAUGAAGUCAUGUCUGAUCCUGAGAAGCCUCUAUCUGAAGGACUGAGAGCUCUGGAUAAUGGUGAUAUAUUUAGGCUAACAAAAGCCCAGACAGUCGAAGAAGUGCAAGAUUGCUAUUUACAUUUCAUGUUAUAUUAUGGACAUGAUGUACCUGCCAUGAAGGAAGCAUUAAAGAAAAAAGAAAUGAAAGAAAAGGAAUUAGAAGGUAAAGAAGUACCUGAGGAAGAGCAAGAAGUUGAAUCUACUAAGAUUAAACACGUACCACACAAAGAUGCUUAUGCUGUAUGCAAAGAGGCAGGGAUUGAUGGUUUGGCCAAAAAAUUUGGUCUAACACCCGAACAGUUUGGAGAAAAUUUGCGCGAUAACUACCAGAGACAUGAAGUAGAUCAAUAUCCAGUUGAGCCUAAAGAAGUAGCCUCUGAUUACAUUUGCAAGCGAUUUUCAACACCAGAAGAAUGUUUAUCUGCUGCCAAAUUCAUGGUUGCUAAUCAGAUAUCAAAGGAACCUGCUGUGCGUAAGUGUGUUAGGCAAACAUACUUCGAAAGAGCAAAAAUAUCUGUUCGUCCCACAAAAAAAGGAAUUAAGGAAAUCGAUGAGAAUCAUCCAUGCUACAGCAUGAAGUAUUUGAAAAAUAAACCAGUAAAGGACUUAAGAGGAGAUCAGUUUUUGAAACUUACUAUGGCCGAGAGAGAUGGUUUUCUAACUAUAACAAUUGCUAUGGAUAAACAAGGUAGCAAUGAUGGACGUCAUGUAUUUUUAGAAGAAAUUAAACAACUAUACGAACGUGAUGAAUUCAGCAAAAAUGUCCAAGAAUGGAAUGCACAAAGACAGCAGGCCCUAGAAAUAGCAUUAACUAAGCUUCUGUACCCUACAUUUCAAAAAGAAUUGAGAUUACGUCUGCUGAACGAAGCCAAAGAAGGAGUAAUCAAGGCAUGCUGUAGAAAACUGUAUAACUGGCUGAAAGUGGCUCCAUAUCAAGUUGAUCCCCAGAUUGAAGAAGAGGAUGAUUUUGAUACAAGAUAUGGCACUAGAGUGUUAGCUAUUGCCUAUUCUCCCACAAGAGAAGUGCCUGCUUUUUCUGCUUUAGUUGAUGGUGAUGGUGAAGUAUUAGAAUUUCUUCGGCUUCCAUAUUUACUUAACCGGAGGAAUGCCUGGCGAGAAAAAGACAGAAUAUUAAAGGAGAAAGAUUUGAAUUCCUUAAAAAAUCUAAUUCUUUCAAAGAAGCCUCAUGUUGUAUGUGUUGCUGCAGAGUCAAGGGAGGCUUUAAUGAUUGUUGAUGAUGUGAAAAUGAUCAUUAAUGACUUGAUGGACAGUGAUCAAUUUCCUCCAAUUUCUGUGGAAUUAAUGGAUAAUGAACUUGGAGUUUUGUAUAUGAAUUCUAAAAAAGGGGAGUAUGACUUCAGAGAUUACCCUCCACUUUUAAGGCAAGCAAUCUCACUUGCACGUCGUUUGCAAGACCCACUCAUGGAGUUUUCCCAAAUGUGUACACCUGAUGAAGAAAUAUUGUGUUUGAAAUAUCAUCCAUUACAGGAUGAAUUAAAUAAAGAAGAUUUGUUGAAUGCACUGUAUUUAGAAUUUGUAAACAGGACUAAUGAAGUUGGUGUAGAUUUUAAUAAAGCUGUUGAGUUUAAUCACACAGCAAAUUUGGUGCAAUUUAUCUGUGGUCUUGGCCCUAGAAAAGGUGGAUUUUUAGUUAAAACUCUAAAAAUAUGUAAUAAGCAGUUAGAAAGUAGAACACAACUAGUAACUGUUUGUAAGAUGGGACCAAAAGUUUUCAUUAACUGUGCUGGUUUUAUAAAGAUUGAUACUGCUUCCCUUGGUGAAAGUACUCAGACAUAUCUUGAAGUUUUGGAUGGAUCUCGUGUUCAUCCAGAAGCUUACGAAUGGGCCCGAAAAAUGGCUGUAGAUGCUCUUGAAUAUGAUGAUACUUCUGAUGAUGCUAAUCCUGCUGGAGCUUUGGAUGAAAUUUUAGAAAAUCCUGAAAAGUUAAAGGAUUUGGAUUUAGAUGCUUUUGCAGAAGAAUUGGAAAGGCAAGGUUAUGGAAAUAAAAGUAUUACUUUGUAUGACAUCAGAGCAGAACUGAAUCAUAAAUAUAAAGAUUUAAGGACACCAUACAGACCACCAAAUACUGAAGAAGUGUUCAAUAUGUUAACAAAAGAAGUUCCAGAAACAUUUUACAUAGGUAAACUUAUUCUGGUGGUUGUUACUGGUAUUGCCCGUAGAAAGCCUAAAAAUGAUCAACUUGAAAAUGCAAAUCCAAUUCGAAAUGAUGACAGUGGUCUGUGGCAAUGUCCGUUUUGCUUGAAAAAAGACUUUCCAGAGCUCAGUGAUGUCUGGAGUCAUUUUGAUGAUGCAAGUUGUCCAGGACAAGCAAUGGGUGUACGUGUUAGACUUGAUAAUGGGAUUUCCGGGUUCAUACCAACUAAAAUGAUCAGCGACAAGCAUGUUAUAAAUCCUGAAGAUCGAGUUAAAAUUGGAUUGACUCUUCAUGCCAGAAUAACCAAAAUUGAUAUUGAAAGAUUUGCUGUAGAUUUGACUUGCAGGUCAUCUGAUCUCAGUGAUAAGAAUAAUGAAUGGAGACCUCCCAAAGAUUUAUAUUAUGAUUAUGAGGCAGAAGAGAAGGAUCAUAAGAUAGAAGAUGCUGCUGCAAAGCAACAAAAUCGGCAAGUGUAUUUGAAGAGGGUUAUUGUCCAUCCUUCAUUUAAAAAUGUAAGCUUUAAAGAAGCUGAAAAAAUACUUGAUACAAUGGAACAAGGAGAAGUGAUCAUUCGACCAAGUAGUAAGGGUAGCAAUCAUUUGACAGUGACGUGGAAAGUUGCUGAUGGUAUAAACCAACACAUAGAUGUAAGGGAAGAAGGAAAGGAAAAUGAAUUCAGUCUUGGUCAUUCUUUAAUUAUAGGUGAUGAGUCAUUCGAAGAUCUGGAUGAAAUAAUUGCGAGACAUGUGCAGCCCAUGGCUGGUUUUGCUAGAGAUCUCUUGAAUUUCCGGUAUUAUGUUGAUGCUGAUGGUGGAAAAAAAGAAGAGAUGGAAAAGAUAUUGUUUGAAGAAAAGAAGAAAGUUGCAAAUAAAAUUCAUUACUAUGUGUCAGCUUCACGAAUGUUUCCUGGAAAAUUCUUAUUAUCAUACUUGCCCAGAAAUAAGGUUAGGCAUGAAUUUAUUACUGUCUUACCUGAAGGAUUACGUUACCGCAAACGUGUCUUUCGGUCAGUAAAUUCUUUGUUCAGAUGGUUUAAAGAGCAUUUUAGGGACCCAAUACCUGGAACUCCUACUGCUAUGUCUGUUCGCACACCAAUGGGACAGUCUUCUUAUAUAGGAAACACUCCUAGUAUUAAUCUUGCAAGUAUGUUUAAAUCUUAUUUUUUCCAUUUGAUCACUUAAUCAUUUAAUGUGUAU